UUCUGGACGAGCUUAAAGAUGUAUCGCCGCUGUAAUCACCACAACAAGGUUGCUGUAACACCGAAGUUCAACACAAUACACGCACAUGUUUUGGUUGGUCAAAAGCCAGAAAGCACGUACCUCAUGCUCCAAGAGAGUAGAGGCAUAUACUCCUUUCCCGCCUAAACUGGAGCCAACCUGAUCGAGACGCAGCCAUGCGAGCAGCCGUCGCCCAUCGAAUCCUCCUCUCGCUCGCCCUCUUCGCCGUCCUCUGCAGAUGCGAUCCCGACCUCCUCUUCGACUACUGCGUCGCCGACACGGCGGCGGCGACCGCGGCCGGGGCGUUCCACCUGAACGGCCUCGCCUGCAUCGACCCGGCGCUGGCACGCGCCGACCACUUCGCCACGUCCGCGCUCUCCCGCGCCACCAACCCGGCCGCCACGCUCUACGGCUUCAACGCGACGCUGACGAGCCCGGCCGCGUCGCUGCCCGGCGCCAACGCGCAGGGCCUCGCCAUGGCGCGCAUCGACCUCGCGCCGGGCGGCAUGGCGCCGCCGCACUCCCACCCGCGCGCGUCGGAGGCGGCGCUCGUCCUCAGCGGGAGCGUCCUGGUCGGGUUCGCCGACACGUCGUACCGGCUGUACACCCAGCUGCUGCGCGCCGGCGAGGCGUUCGUGUUCCCGAGGGCCAUGGUGCACUUCCUGUACAACAUGGACACGGCAGCGCCGGCCGUCGUGCUGUCCGGGCUCAACAGCCAGAGCCCCGGCGCGCAGCUCGUGCCCUUCUCGGCGUUCCGGACGGAGCCGCGGCUGCCGGACGAGGUCCUCAAGAAGGCGUUCAAGAUCACCGGCCAGGACGUGCAGAGGAUCCAAAAACACCUCGGUGGACUAUGAUCGAUUCGAGAUUCUACCCAUCAGAUUUUAGGCACAAACAUAUGAUAUGAGUUGGAUCCAAUAUUGAAACCACUGGAGGAUAUUCUUUGAUGCUGAAUUUGUUAACACAUGCUGAAAGUUUUGUCAACGUGAUUCAUGAUUGUAUAAUAUGUGAAGUGCAAUAUCAAAA